AUGAAGUCGAGAACUUUUGCGCCGUCCUGGGCGCUCUGCUCUGCGCUGCUCGCUGUCCCCCAACUUGCGACUGCUUUCUACCUUCCCGGCGUCGCGCCUACAUCAUAUGAAUCUGGCCAUAAAGUCCCCCUUUACGUGAAUAGCAUUAAGCCGGUUGCCGGCCAAGAUGCGCUUCUACAUUCCGUCAUGUCCUACGACUAUUACAACGAGAUGUUCCAGUUCUGUCAACCCGAAGGCGGCCCAUCAUACGUGUCCGAAAGCCUCGGAAGUAUUUUGUUCGGCGAUCGAAUAAUGACUUCGCCCUUUGACCUCAGCAUGCAGAAGAAUGAGACAUGUAAGAAGCUAUGCACUUCGAAGUACGACACGGCUGCUGCGCACUUCGUAAAUAAGCGUAUAAUGCAGGGUUACGCCUUAAACUGGCUAGUGGAUGGGUUACCAGCCGGACAGCAUCUUCUCGAUGACCUUACCGGGACCACGUUUUAUAGCCCAGGUUUUGCUAUGGGCUCCAUCUCCACGACUGAUCCUGACGGCCCGACAUUCUUCAAUAACCACUACGAUAUCGUUGUCGAAUAUCAUAAGGUCAACGGAAAGGACGACCAGCUGAGGGUAGUGGGUGUAAUUGUUCAGCCUGCCUCCAAGGCAUACAAGGGCGACAAUCUGGAAUGCAACGACAAUCAGACGCCACCCGUAGUCCUUCUCGAAAAUGAAGGCUCUCAAACUGAAGUCACAUUUACCUACAGCGUAUACUGGACCGAGUCGCCUACUGCCUGGGCUACACGAUGGGAUAAAUAUCUACAUGUCUUCGACCCUAAAAUCCAUUGGUUCUCCCUCGUCAACUCCGCUGUUGUUGUUAUCUUCUUGACGGUUACGGUUGCCUCAGUUCUAUUCAGGGCUCUGAAGAAGGAUAUUGCGAGAUACAACCGAUUGGAUCAAAUCAACCUAGAGGAUUUUUCGGGCGCAGCGGAUCUUGAGGAUGGCGUCCAGGAGGACUCUGGUUGGAAAUUGGUCCAUGGAGAUGUUUUCAGAACCCCGGCGCAUCCUCUGCUCCUCUCCAUCUUCCUCGGCAAUGGUGCUCAGCUGUUCGUUAUGACCGGCUUUACUAUCUGUUUUGCCUUGCUAGGUUUCUUAUCCCCAUCUAACCGUGGCUCCCUUGGAACUAUCAUGAUCAUCCUAUACACUCUCCUUAGCUUUGUUGGGGGUUAUGUCUCUGCGAGAGUUUACAAGUCGAUGAAUGGCGAGAAGUGGAAGUUGAAUAUCAGUCUGACUCCUCUCUUGGUUCCUGGCAUCGUCUUCACAACAUUCUUCUUUCUCAACCUGUUCCUAUGGGCUAAUGGAGCUGCUGGUGCCGUCCCGUUUACCACUAUGCUAGUCAUCAUUGGUAUAUGGUUCAUAAUCUCGAUUCCCCUUUCGGUUUCUGGCUCUUGGCUUGGAUUCCGUGCGGUAGCUUUUGAACCUCCUGUUCGAACCAACCAGAUCCCGCGACAGAUUCCUCCCGCCACCACUUAUUUGAAGCCGAUCCCGAGUAUGCUGCUGGUUGGUAUCCUACCUUUCGGCGCUAUCUUCGUCGAGCUAUACUUUAUCAUGAGCUCGAUUUGGUUUAGCAAGAUCUACUACAUGUUCGGCUUCCUCUUCCUCUGCUAUGGUCUUAUGAUCAUCACUUGUGCUGCGGUUACGGUUCUGAUGGUGUACUUCUUACUGUGCGCCGAGAACUACCACUGGCAGUGGCGAUCUUUCCUGGCUGCGGGUAUGAGCGCGGGUUAUAUCUUUGCUAACGCCCUGAUAUACUUAAUCAGCAAGUUGUCUCUGGGUGGCUUAUCUGGCACUGUCUUGUAUAUCGGAUAUAGCGCUCUUCUUUCCUUCCUUUUCUUUAUCUUAACAGGGUCCAUUGGGUUUUUCUCCAGUUGGUGGUUCGUUAAUAAGAUAUACCGCUCUAUCAAGAUCGACUAA